CCUACCUGCUCAAGUGUCUGCCCUGCCGUACUCCACCCCGCCCUACCCGGCCUGGCCAGUGCUCCUUGGAGAAAGAGCUCUUUUGCCUAGCUGCUGGACCAAGGGAGCCAGUCUUAGGUACCAGCAGGGCUGCUGGGAAAUUACCACUUUGAGAUCCGCGAACUGGGGAGGCUAAGGUGGGAAGGAGACAAAGAUCUAAAGGUGAAACUCCCAUGAUGAUCUUUGUGGGGACAAGAACCAAGAAGCAGCAGGGUGACUGCAGCCGGGGGCCUUGGCGUGUCCUGACCAUGGUCCCUGCCUGGCUGUGGCUGCUUUGCCUCUACUUCCCCCAGGCUUUCCCUGAGGCCCAGCCCACAGAGCUAUAUGUGGAAGUCCCGGAAAACUAUGGUGGAAAUUUUCCUUUGUACCUGACCAAGCUGCCUCUGCCCCGUGGGGAAGCUGAGGGCCAGAUUGUGCUGUCAGGAAAUUUAGGCAUGGCAGCUAAGGGCCCCUUUGCUGUGGAUCAAGAGUCUGGCUUCCUGCUGGUGACCAAGCCCCUGGACCGAGAGGAACAAGCAGAGUACCAGCUACAGGUCACCCUGGAGACUGAGGAUGGACGUGUCUUGUGGGGCCCACAGCCUGUGCUUGUGCAUGUGAAGGAUGAGAAUGACCAGGUGCCCCAUUUCUCCCAGGCUAUCUACAGAAUUCAGCUGAGCCAGGGCACCAGGCCUGGCAUUCCCUUCCUCUUCCUUGAGGCUUCGGACAGGGAUGAGCCAGGCACAGCCAACUCAGAUCUUCGAUUCCACAUCCUGAACCAGGCCCCAGCUAAGCCUUCCCCAGACAUGUUCCAGUUGGAGCCUCAGCUGGGGGCUCUAGCCCUCAGCCUCAAGGGGAGCACGAGCCUAGAUCAGGCCCUGGAGGGAUCCUACCAGCUGUUGGUACAGGUCAAGGAUAUGGGUGACCAGGCCUCAGGCCACCAGGCCACAGCCACCAUAGAUGUCUCUGUAGUAGAGAGCACUUGGGUGCCCCUAGAUCCUGUCCACCUGGCAGAGAAUCUCAAAGUUCUGUACCCACACCAUAUUGCUCAGGUACACUGGAGUGGGGGGAAUGUACAUUAUCACCUGGAGAGCCAGCCCCCCGGACCCUUUGAUGUGGAUGCAGAGGGGAAACUCUAUGUGACCAGAGAGCUGGACCGAGAAGCCUGGGCUGAGUACCUGCUCCAGGUGCGGGCUCAGAAUACCCGUGGUGAGGACUACACAGAACCUCUGGAGCUGCAGGUGGUGGUAAUGGAUGAGAAUGACAACGUGCCCGUUUGCCCCCCACGUGGUACCCCAAUCAGCAUCCCUGAGUUCAGCCUCCCAGGCACCAAGGUAACUAAUCUGCUGGCAGAGGACAUGGAUGCCCCUGGUUCCCCCAAUUCUCACGUUGUAUACCAGCUACUGAGCCCUGAGCCUGAGGAGGGGACAGAGAGGAGUGCCUUCAAGCUAGACUCCACCUCUGGCAGUGUGACACUGGGGGCUCUCCCGCUCCACGCUGGCCAGAAUAUCUUGCUUCAAGUGCUGGCUGUUGACCUAGGAGGAGCAGAGGGUGGCUUCAGCAGCACAUGUGAGGUCUCUGUCACGAUCACGGACAUCAAUGACCAUGCUCCAGAGUUCACCACUUCCCAGAUUGGUCCCAUAAGCCUCCCCGAGGACACAGAGCCUGGAACUUUGGUGGCCACACUUGUGGCCACUGAUGCUGACCUUGAGCCUGCCUUCCGCCUCAUGGACUUUGCCAUUGAGGCAGGGGAUGUGGAUGGGACCUUUGGCCUAGCUUGGGAACCAGAUUCUGGUCAUGUCCAACUGCGACUCCUCAAGAACCUCAGUUAUGAGGCAGCUCCAAGUCACAUGCUGCUGGUGGUUGUGCGGAGCGUAGCAGAGCUGGUGGGGCCAGGCCCAGGCCCUGGAGCCACAGCCACGGUGACUCUGCUGGUGGAGAGGGUGACGCCACCCCCUAAGUUGGACCAAGAGAGCUAUGAAGCCAAUGUCCCAGUCAGCACCCCAGCCGGCUCCCUCCUGCUGACCAUCCAGCCCUCAGACCCCAUGAGCAGUCCCCUCAGGUUCUCCCUGGUUAAUGACUCAGAGGGCUGGCUCUGCAUCAAAGAGGUCUCUGGGGAGGUGCACACUGCCCGGCCUCUGCGGGGCGCCCAGCCUGGGGACAUGUACACAGUGCUUGUGGAGGCCCGGGAUGCAGACGAGCCAACACUGAGCACGUCUGUGACCGUCGUGAUCCACUUCCUGAAGUCCCCUUCUGCCCCGCUCCCAACUCUGGCCCCUGUGCCCACUCGACACCUCUGUACACCUCGCCAGAACCAUGGCGUGGUUGUCAGUGGACCCAGUGAGGACUUUGACCAGGCUGGCGGUCACAGUUCCUACAGCUUUGCCCUUGGUCCCAACCCUACUGUGCAGCGGGAUUGGCGCCUCCAGGCUCUCAAUGGUUCCCAUGCCUACCUCGCCCUGGCCCUGCACUGGGUGGAGCCACGUGAACAUGUAGUCCCCGUAGUUGUCAGCCGUAAUGGCCAGAUGUGGCAGCUCCCGGUCCGAGUGAUCGUGUGCCGCUGCAAUGUGGAGAGAGAGUGCAUGCGCAAGGUGGGCCGCAUGAAGGGCAUGCCCACGAAGCUGUCAGCGUUGGGCAUCCUUAUGAGCACCCUGAUGGCAAUAGGCAUCUUCCUCAUCCUCAUAUUCACCCACUUGACCCUGUCGAGGAAGAAGGACCUUGAUCAGCCAGUGGACAGUGUGCCCCUGAAGGCAGAGGUUUGAAUGAUCCAGGCAGCCUCCACUGGGAGUUUGGCCUCUGGCUCCAUCUGAAUCCACUGGGAGAGGGCCCAGCACUGCAGCUCCAUUGGGCCAGGACAGAAGAGAAGCACUUUCAACUGCCCUGGGGUGGAGGCAACACCACAAGACUUGUCUGAACGCUGACUUCAUGAGCUGCCCACAAGAGCACUCCAAAUAGCUCAUGUUUGUCCAAUAAUAAAGCCUCAGAGAGCUGGGC